AUGGAGCAGAGAGACGCGCACGGACCUCCAUCUCCAACGCGCACGGACCGGAGCGCGUCCAUCCCGGUCCGGACGUACAGGACAGAGCGCAGGACACCACACGGGACCAGGGAGAGGGAGAGGGAGAGACAGGGCACCAGCAACAGAGCAGGAGGAGGAGGAGGAGGAGGAGGAGGAGGAGGAGGAGGAGGAGGAGGAGGAGGAGGAGAGGAGGAGGAGGACAAAUCCCCAGCACAUAAUGAUUAG